AUGGCGACCAACGCUCCCUCGUCGAACGAGCCCCAGCCUUCGGCCCUCCAAACCCUCCUCACAACCUCCGCCUCGGACUCAUCGCAUCCGCAGCAUCUGACUCAACUCGCCCUCCAAGUCGCGCACAACCUCGAGCACCAACAUCUCUGGACCGAUUUACGCAUCCACAACACUUCUCCUCUCGACUCUUCACCGCUACCACGGCCCAUGGUCAGUGGCAUACCACCACAACGAUUGUACAUACAUCCAGACGAGCAAAUCGCGCUCCUGCAUACUCAAAAGGCACAGGGAAGGACUGGACUAGGCGAGGUGAAGGCAGAGAGAGAAUGGGUGCUGCCGAGUCAUUUGCGCGAAAAGUGGUCUCUUAGACGCUUUGCAGAUGUGUUUGAAAAAGUUGGAGUCAUGCCACCGUCAAACGACGAAGAAGAGGACGAGGAAGAGCAACAGGUGAACAAGUGGAGGAGCAAGAAGAGAGUCGUCUUGGCCACCGUGGACGACGAUAGCACGAUUGUCUACUACAUCAUUCACGAUGGGAUUGUCAAGCCUCGUCAAAACUGA